AUGCAACGUUCGUUCUUCCCACCGUGUUUUUCCUUGUUUUUUUUGCUCAACAUCUUGCUCAUUAUGGGAACAUCGAGUAAUCAUGUUUAUGUAAGCUUAAAUGAAACCGAUCGGGAUGGUGUGAGUGAGAUGUUCAAGGAAUUCGUCGAAGUACAUAACAGGACAUAUGUCAAUGAUCCAGAGGAAUACGGCAGAAGACUGAAUAUUUUUAAGGUAAUGUACUCUAAAGUUAAAAAAAAAACAGCGGAGCUGAAGAUCUUGACUUCGGGAAAACUGUGUAAUACGCGCGAAAUUAUUUUACAUAUGACGUCAUGAUAAAUUAUGCUCACAACAGAUAGUGAAAUAAAUAAUUACCGAAUUCCAAAAACUCUCACUUUAAACGAGUGCUAAACCUUAAUUGUAAAAACGAGUUUCAUUUGUGUAGGAAUAAAAAUUCAUUUACAAAUCAAUGGCUUUGCACCAUUUGCUCAUCUUUUAAAGAAAGGCUUGGAGCAACUCGGAAUUGGCCCAUUGCUUGUGACAUCACCUGGGUCAGGUUGCAAAAAACAUCUUAAGGGAACUCGCAACUAUUAUUUCCAAACAAUAGGUUAUUGUUCCAGAACAAAAGUUAAGCACUCUUUUAUUUUGAGAAGGUUUUAUGCAACCUGGCCCUGACUCUUAAUCAUUCCUUCCACUUGAGUUGCUGCGCUGACACUGAUCAAAAAAAUUAAAUGAAUGGUUAAAAAAUUAUUAACAAUGUCCCUGGGUCUCUUAGGUUGCAAUUUUGUGCUUUCUUUACCGUGAGCAAAAUUAUUUUGUCAUUUAUUUCUUAAUAACUGUAUGUUUGAUUGAUGCAAGGUGGUGUACGUGACAAAAACAAAUUUACCUCACAGGAAAGGUUGCUAAUGUGGAUGGGAGAGGUGGUAGAAAUAAAAAAGGCCCAUUUACAAUAAAUUAUACUAGUCAAGUCUUUUCCCUUCUAGUUGCUGAUUUAGAUUAAACUUUCCUUGUCUUUAUAGAAAAGUCUUGCAAGACAUGCUAAAUUAAAUGCAAGAGAGAAGGAACUCAAAGGGACAGCUGUUUAUGGUGUAAAUCAAUUUUCAGAUUGGACUCCUCAAGAAUUUAGAGGUAAUUUCCAUCAAUUUUGGUAACAAAUAAAUUUAGUAUAAAGACCUAUUGUUUGUGGUCAUGUUAAGAAACAAAGUCGACCAGAAAAGGAUUUAAACUUAGAGAGGUUUAAAUAAAGAAAUGUGUUCAUGUGAGCAGGAUAGAAUAAACCUAAAAUUAAAAAAUAGCAUAAUGGGUGGCUCUUCUAGCCCCAAACUAUCUGACAGCUCUUCACCUGGCAUCUGGGAUACCUUUAGUGGCCUUUUUGGUUGUAGAGAAGUGGCCAUUGUAGAGAGGUUAAACUGUAGAGUGAAGAAGCCAUUGUAGAGAGGUGGCCAUAUUAGAGACAAAGCCAUUAUAGAGAUUUGGCCAUUGUAGAGAGGUGGCUGUAGUAGAUAGAAGGCCAUUNUUUAUAGAAAAGUCUUGCAAGACAUGCUAAAUUAAAUGCAAGAGAGAAGGAACUCAAAGGGACAGCUGUUUAUGGUGUAAAUCAAUUUUCAGAUUGGACUCCUCAAGAAUUUAGAGGUAAUUUCCAUCAAUUUUGGUAACAAAUAAAUUUAGUAUAAAGACCUAUUGUUUGUGGUCAUGUUAAGAAACAAAGUCGACCAGAAAAGGAUUUAAACUUAGAGAGGUUUAAAUAAAGAAAUGUGUUCAUGUGAGCAGGAUAGAAUAAACCUAAAAUUAAAAAAUAGCAUAAUGGGUGGCUCUUCUAGCCCCAAACUAUCUGACAGCUCUUCACCUGGCAUCUGGGAUACCUUUAGUGGCCUUUUUGGUUGUAGAGAAGUGGCCAUUGUAGAGAGGUUAAACUGUAGAGUGAAGAAGCCAUUGUAGAGAGGUGGCCAUAUUAGAGACAAAGCCAUUAUAGAGAUUUGGCCAUUGUAGAGAGGUGGCUGUAGUAGAUAGAAGGCCAUUGUACAGACAAUUGGCUUUUGUAGAGUAUAGUAUCCAUUGCAGAGAGAGGUGGCCAUUGUAGAGAGGUUAAACUGUAGAGUGAAGAAGCCAUUGUAGAGAGGUGGCCAUUAUUAGAGACAAAGCCAUUAUAGAAAUUUGGCCAUUGUAGAGAGGUGGCUGUAGUAGAUAGAUGGCCAUUGUACAGACAAUUGGCUUUUGUAGAGUAGUAUCCAUUGUAGAGAGAGGUGGCCAUUGUAAAGAGCUGGUCAUUGUAGAGAGAUGGCCACUUUAGAUAGGAGGCCAUUGCUGUUGUAUAGAAGUGUUUAUUGUACAGACGUGACUGUUGUCAAAAAAAUCGCCUUUGUGGGGAGGUUAUUGUUAUUGGAAUUUUGGCUGUAGACCACCUUCUGAGCUUCUUAUGUCUUUCAAAACAUUUAAAGAAAUCAUCCUAAUUCUGCACAUAAUAAUGAUAAUUUUAUAUCAAUAAUUGACCACCAAUGAUCUUCUCUUGUAGAAUUUCUUAGAAGAGGCAGUAGGAAUGAUCUUGGUCUCAAACUGACAAACACCCUUCAGAAUACUGUACCAGAUUGCUUGAAACAUACCUGUGUGAGCCUCAAACUAAAUGCCUCUGCUAUACCAAAUAGGCAAGACUGGUAUGUGUGUCAGAUUGUUUAAAUCACCAUACAAUCAGAGAGACAAAACUCAGGCUGGAUCAACACCUAAACACCAAUGAAUGACUACGGUGCCCAUAACUGAACCAACCCCCCUAACCCUUCUAAUAUGGCUACUAUGUGGAGAUCUUGAUCUGGUCCAUACAUGUAACAUACAUAUAACUUUAUUUAAACUCAGUUUUAGAAUAGCUCCUGCUAGAGAGAGCUAAUAUCUCCGAGUAUAGUGAUAUUUUAGAAAUGCAACAAAAUUGAUAAAGUAUGAAAGUAUGAAAUUGCUACACAUGUGCAUAUUGUUAGUCACGUCUUACAAAAAAAAAUCUACACAGUAAUAUUAUGAGUAGUGCUCUUAAAAGCAAUGAGAGAUUCAGAAGUUAUUAUGUUAUCAGGCAGCGUAUUCCAUACUUGAGGAACACUAUAUCUGAACCAUUGUAAUCCAUAGGAGGUUGUAGUAACUCUUGGUAGAUCCAAUUUUAGGGUACCUCUGAGGUUUUACGCUGUUGUUCGUCCAGGUUCUGUACUUGUCCUUACCCUUUUGCUGCUAAUAGUGGCCAAAAUAAAAAUGUUAAAAAAAAAUCCACAUUUUUUCCUUCAAAAUCUCAGAAUUUAAAUAGUGCAAUGCAAAUGUUUUGCCCAGGGGGGGGGGGUAUAUAAAUCAGAGCGUUUGGGUCUAGAAUAGGGUAUCAUUUUUCAAGAAACUGAUCACUGAUCAGUUGGUUGAAGAUUUUAUCUUGCCUAGGGAAACAGCUACUCUAGGAUAGGGGGGAUUUGAGUUUACUCUAGUAUAGGGAACUAGCUCUGUUAUAGGUUGAGGGUUCCAGGGUCUCAGCGGCACAUCCCCCCCAGAAAUUCCUAGAGUACCCCCCCAGGAUGUUUUGCCAAAGAGGGUUCUCUUAAAUGGUAAUAAUAACACCAUAGGAUUUCUUCCACAGAUGCAAGAGUUAGGUAUAUGUAGAAUAGUAUUUGAUAGAUAGUUUUGUUUUUUCUUUGUUCAGGAAUAAAAAGGGAAAAGUUACGGCUGUGAAGAAUCAAGGACAGGUAGAUUAAUAAAGAUACUAUCUUUGAGUGUUUAUUUAAAACAGUUACCACAACAAAACAAAAAAAGCAAAUGUAGUAGUUUAGACUCCCCCAAUAUUUAAUAUGCAACACUGAGUCUUUGAUUUGCUCUUUUGUUGUGCAAAUUCAUUUCCUGGCAUUACGAUCACCGUUAUAAUAUUAUAAUAAUUAGAAAUUUGUACUCAGUAUCUGUCUUCUUGUAGGUUAAGAGUCUUAAGUUAGUUUUGGAAAUAAGCGCACCAUACAAUUAAGUUCAUGAUAUACAUCCUUUAUCAACUAGGUCCACUAAGUACAUUGACCACUGAGAUGUAAGAUUGUAGUGGUGGUCUCCUUAGUUAUGGUGGGUAGCAAAUUAAUCAUUGGUCCAUUAUUAAUUUUUGAUUCUACAUGAUUUUGUUUUUCAUUUCUUGAUCUAUUUCUUGUCUUUGACAGUGUGGAAGCUGCUGG